AUGAAAGGGAGUAUGUGUGAGAGGCGGAGGCAGUUUGGUUCUCGUUUUCUUCGGGAUGAAUCGAAAGUAUUCGAGCACAACGCAUGGGACGACGUGGAAUUAAGUUCUGAGCAACAGGAAGAAGCACGCAAGCAGAUAGCAGUUCAAAAAGAAGCAUAUGUUAGCCCUCAGCAAGCCGAAUAUUUAUUGCGAAAUGUCUCUCAACAAUGGGAUAUGUUUUAUAAGACACAUGGCAGUAAGUUCUUCAUGAAUCGCAACUGGCUCUUCACCGAUUUCCCGGAAUUAAACGUCAAUAAUUUGGUAAGUAAUUUGGAUUAUGAAUCAGAUAAACUUGUGCACGUAUUAGAUGCUGGUUGUGGAGUGGGCAAUACGACAAUACCAUUGCUGCAGACACUUGAACGGUCUGGGAAAUUAUAUUUGUAUGCUUGUGAUUAUUCUCAAAAAGCAAUAGAUAUUCUGAAGGAAAGUAUAGUACAGUGGUCAGAAAAUUGUAAACCCUUUGUAUGGGAUAUUACAAGCAGAAUAACAAGUGUUAUUCCGAUGGAUUCUCUAGACUUUGUUUUGUGUGUAUACGUACUUUCAGCACUUCCACCAGCCAAACAACAGCAAGCUGUUAAUAAUUUAGCUAAAUUAUUGAAACCAGGUGGUUCAGUGUUAUUGAAAGACUAUGCCCAGUUUGAUAUGACCCAAUUGAGGUUCAAGAAAAACCGUUUAAUUGAUGAUAAUUUCUAUCGUCGCGGUGAUGGAACACUUGUUUAUUUCUUCAGUCAGGACGAGUUAGAUGGGUUAUUCAUGAAUGCUGGAUUGAAAAGGGAGACGAAUCUGCUAGUUCGACGAUUAAUUGUUAAUAGAGCUAAACGAAUUAAAAUGUAUCGCAUAUGGGUUCAGUGUAAAUAUGUGAAAGUUUUAUUGUUCUGA